GCAACGUUAAUGUUACCAGUGAUAUGCAGAAACUCAUUUCAUACAUAGCUAACAACUCGAUUCGACUGCUCCCGUUUUCUACACUUCCAUUAAUACAUGAAGCAGAAUAAAACCUACCUUUUUUUUGCAACAGUACACAGGGUCAGAAGAGAAGAGGAGAAAAGUUUGAGCUAGCUGAACAGACUGGAAUCUACGUGGAUUACUUAGACGCAUCUUCAUCAGUGUGUGCAUUCACAGACUACCUAUCCAAGAACUGAUCUGUUCAGUGACUUGUGAGCUCUGGGUCGUAAGAGGGUCAAAGUGCAAGGACUUCAAAGCAACAACUACAAGGAGUGUCAUGUAACAACUUAAAAUUUUUAUGUGAAAACUGAAAAUGGCUUCCAGAGGAACAACAGAAACCAGUAAGCUAAAGCAAAACUUGGAAGAGCAGUUGGAUAGAUUAGUGCAGCAGCUUCAAGAUCUAGAAGAGUGCAGAGAGGAACUAGAUGCAGAUGAGUAUGAAGAGACCAAAAAAGAAACUCUAGAACAGCUGAGUGAGAUUAAUGACUCACUGAAGAAGAUUAUGUCUGGAGAUAUGACUUUGGUGGAUGAGCUCAGUGGGAUGCAGCUGAUGGACCGAGACCUAAUGGUUGGGAAGCUAGGACGGGACCUCUACACGCAGCAGAAAGUGGAAAUCCUGACUGCCCUCAGAAAGCUUGGUGAGAAGCUGACUGCAGAUGAUGAGACUUUCUUGUCAGCAAAUGCUGGUGCAGCCCUGAGCCAGUUUGAGAGAGUCUCCAGUGACCUUGGAUCAGGAGACAAAGUCUUUGCUCUAGCAAGUUUUGAAGUAGAGAAGGCAAAACAAUGAAGAGGUGUGUGGGGCUUGAAUCUCUCCAGUUGUUGGGAGUACUGGACUUCUGUCAUGUUGUAAUUGUUUGUUCUAUUUUCAAGAUAUUGCAAAAAACCCCAACGAACCGUAAACCUCUUGGGUUCUUAACCAGAAGAUAUGAAGUAAACAGCCUUAAAGUGCACUUUGGAACCCUGGUGUCUCUGCCCCUCAGUAACAUAAUUUCUGAGGCUAAACACUAAGUGGUACUCCUAAAAACAAAACCUUAGUAUGAUUAUCUUUGAAAAAAAUCAGCUAUUUUCAACUUUUCUGAAUGUAUAUUUCUCCAAGUAUUAAAACAUCAUCUUUUUGCAUGUGGCUGUAGCAAGGAGAUCUUUUCCAGGAACAGUCCGAAUGAAUGAGUUAGUUUUUGGGUGAUUCUUCAAGUUGCUCUCAAACUGUCUUAAUUUUGAAUUUGUCUGGACUCCCCACUAAAUAGUUUAUACUAGGAAUGCAUUGCAGCUUUUGAAACUUGACAUAGUUUAUUUGAAAUGCCAUCUUUCUGCAAACUAUUUGCAGAACAUCCAGAGUGAGACUGCAUACUGAUCAUUGGCCCUUGUCAGCUUGUUUGCUCUGCGCAUGAAUAAGUGCCAUUGUAUCCCAAUCUUGAUUGACAAACAAUGGAAGUCCUGUUGGGAGACUUCUGGAGUAAUUUAACCUUCUGUAUUGAAACGACAGGGAAUUGCUAGGAAAUGGCAAGGAGAAGCCCUUUCUGUGACCUCUUACCCUAGCUCUGGAUGUAUAACUACAAGCUACUGUUUUUUCCCAAGAUUUCUGAGAUAGCAUGAAAUAGUUUGCAAGUAGAGACAAAUUAGAAAAGGGAGGGAGCUCUCAUUACAUGGUUGAUCUACGCAGUAAAUGAACUGAAAGUCUUUGGUGCGAGUGUGGCCCAAUCUAAUUAUCAGAUGGUGGUGUUGCGGAGAAGGGAGGAUUUGUGCCUCCACGGGGAAGUUAAAAUCCUGAGUAAUAUCAGGGUUUAAGAGGAUUUAAAAUCCCACAUUGUUGAGUUUUUAGCCAGACUUUGGAGCAUAAACGAGGACCUCAGUGUGGAGAGGCUGUAGUUGGUGCUCCAGAUGUGUAUUUAACUUAAAAAUAUUUUCACGCUUCCUUGUAAUGCAAUCAAUAUUAGAGUUAUUAUUCUGACAGUAGUGGCAGCUUCACAUGUACUUCAGUACUCAGAAUUUCGUCUGAGCUGUUUGGACGCCUUUAUUUGAGAAUUUUUUUCAGCUUGAGAAGCAUGGUUUUUGGGUCUGCUCUACCCUUGGCAUAUAUUCGGGCGCUGAUCUAAUGGUAUCAGGAACAACCACAACAGAAAAGGCAUUUCUUAACCGAAUGUCAUAUUCGUGCCUCUUUCCAUUCUUAUUUUACCAUUAGCAAUUUUACCAUCAGCAAAGGAUAUAGGUAGAAGCAAAAGAUAUUUCUCUGGACUUGCUACCUAUUAACAAUUGUAUCUCUUUCU